CACCAGUCGCCCAUCGGAUGCAAGCUAUGUGGACAAACAGCUGCUACCUUGACGGAGAAAUCCUCGACAAGUAGCGAACACUUGGAUAAACAGCGAGAGACUUUUGGAUUUAGACGACUUGAAUACUUUCAACAUGAAUUAGGGAUAAGUUUCUAGAACCUGUGGAUACAUGUGGCGAUUGUUUCCUGCUUGUGAAAAAUAUAUGGAUAUAUGUUGCUAUGGUGGAUGAUGUUCCAAAAUGAACACAGAUUUACAGAAGCGACUCCAAGUUCCCCAACCAAAGAUCCGCAGUCACCUAACGAUCAAGGUACAGUCCAAACUGAUGUCAAAGCCUUGUCCCUCUACCCGGGGUCCCAAACCUCCCAUCGCCCCAAAGCCCAGACCCUCCUUAUCUGAGACAGAGCAAGAGGAGGAGCAGUGCCCCCCUCACGGUCUGAGCAAUGGAGACCUGACCUCCUCAGAGGAGGAACCUGAGGACCCCCAGGAGGUGGCAGAGGACCACAUAACUCACCCCACAGAACACAACCAGGAGGAAGCAGAACCAGAAGAAAACCUCAAUGACAUCAGAGAUGAUGAAGGGGGGAGUGAACAGGAGGAGAAGGGAGAUGAGGUAGAGAGAGAGGGAGAGGCGUUGACCGAUGCAGCCCCAUUGGAUAACACUAGUGCUACUGACACUCACAUUGCAGUAGAGGAGGAAAACUCUAAAGAAACAGAUGACUUGAACCUUGAGAGUGACAGUAAUGACACAUCUGUGGACCUUGAAGAUGUUUUGAUGCCGUGUCUCUCAGAGUGUGAGAGAGGGAAUGAAGAAGCAGAGUGUGUCAAAGAGCGGAGGGAGGAAGAAAAUAUUUUAUCUGAAGAGACUGAAACAGCCGGGGAGCCUACUGGAUGUCCAGAAGAAGAUGCAGAAGAGCCAGACACAGAGGAUUAUGAUCAUGGGAACUUCCCUAGUCAACCUGCCGCAGACACUAACAGUGGGCUUGAAGAUGAGGACAGAUCCCCUGGUGGAUAUUUGCAGUGCAAGGUACCCACUGAUGAGGCUGAGGAAGAAGCAGAGGUUCUCUCACUGGGAGCAGACUGCUGUACACACACACCCGUCUGUGAAGACUAUCCCUACGACGUGAUUGGCCCUUCAGAUGAGCCUGUUUACACAUGUGACACUGGUGAGCCCGGUGACACAGGCGUGUGGCAGCCCGAGCGUGCCACCAAGGACCCCUCUGGGCGCUUCCGUUUCUCUGGCAGCACUGAGGAUAUGUUUGGGCCUUACUCUGUCAUUGAGGCGGUGCCUGCUGACAGGAUUCGCACCGCUGAGCCUGAUGUGAAUCACGACGAUAUAUGCUGUGGUGACAAACCACACACUCCAAAGGAGAUGGACACAGCAGGCACCUUUGACCAAGAGCCUUAUUAUGUGUCAUCGGACGACAUGGCAGAGCUAGAGGAUAAACAGAAACUCCCAGAAGAGCGUGAGGUCCAGGACAGUCCUGAGCAAUCCAGCCAAUACAGAGAAACAGCUAAGGAGGAUAUGGAUGAAUACGCAGACAUCGAUGACUCCCUCUGCCCAGAGGCCCAUGACUUUCAGCAUCUGGAGGGUGCAUCAUCAGAGGACUAUGUGGAGAUUGGGGACGAUGAUGAGACGGAUGACACGGAGAGGAAGCAGAUCAGAGGGAGGAGUGUGAGAGAGAGAACAGCCAAGCGUGAGCAGGCUUUCUCCAGCCAGCGGAACAGCUGCCAGCCCCGUCUCAGGCUGUGUAACAUCACAGUGCCAGCAGACCUGGACCGGACACGGACCCCAGAGCUCACCAACAGGGUGGUGUUCGCCCACACCACAGAGGCCUUCGAGGAGGACAUUGAGGAGCUGGACGGCCACAUCGUGCCUUAUUACGAGGACUCCAACUCAGAUAGUGAGGAGCACAUCUAUGAGGAGGCUGGUUUUGACUCUGAGGGGGAGAACUUUAUCUCUAAGAGCAUUGUGACGCGGUCACGCUCCUACUCUGGGAAAGUUCCGGGUUAUGUCCCUGAGACAGUUCCUGAGGAGACAUCAGAGUACCAGAGUACUCAUGACUACUGUACUGUGGCCUUAAACCAGAAUGGAGAACCUCUGGUACGUCCUGAGCAGCCUGAGAUCAACAGACUCAUCCCCUCUCUGAAGCCACGCCGCUUCCUACUAUACCCACGCUCAUACUCCGUAGAGGGUCAAGAACUGUCAUCAGGCGCUCACACAGAGGCUGACCAAUCGCUGAAAGAGGAAGACAGGAUGAAAAGGACAGAUGACACCCUCUAUCUGCCAUGUGUUGUCACUUCUUCAGAAAGCAUUUCUCAACAGAGCCACCAGUCAUCCAGCGGCAUUUCCACGCCCACUUCUCUGGUGGACAUUCCACCUCCCUUUGAAUUGGCUUACAUCACCAAAAGACCCGUCACUAAAAGCUCCCCAUCCCUCCUGAUCAGCGUCUCUCCUGAGUCCACAGACAACAAGCCCAAGAAGCAGAAGUCCUCAUUCAAGCGCUUCCUGGCCCUGAAGUUCAAGAGGAAAAUGGACACUAAAGGCUUUGGUGAUGGUAGCAGCCGCUCCUCGCGCUCCUCUUCUGAGUCCAGCCACCACGGGCCAACAAGAAUCCUGGACCUAGAGCGCAGGAGCACUGGCUCCCCUCAGCCCCAGUCCCAGUCUCGCAUGGUGAAGCCCCAGCAGCGUCCUCCAGACCUGCCCUCAACCUUCCUGCCCUACAAAGAUCACAGGAAAGGAGACCCUAAAGCCUACGGAAGCAGGGGCGUGUCCAGGGUAGAGUCCUUCGAGGAGCGCUCCCGUCGCCCCCUUAUGCCCCUCCCCCUGACCAAACCCCGCUCUAUCUCCUUCCCCAAUGCAGACACAUCAGACUAUGAGAACAUCCCAGCUAUGAGCUCUGACUAUGAGAACAUCCAGAUCCUCCCUGGAGGGAGACCCACCAGAUCCAUGACUGUCACAGAGUUCUUUGAGGACCCCAACCGCAUGGUGGCCCCCUCUAAUGACAACGAUGGCUAUGUGGAUAUGAACAGCUUCCCUGGGAUCGACAGCAAACCCCAGUCACCUGAGCAGGAGCCUGAAAGUGCCUACACUGAGCCUUUCCCAGUGAACCAUACUCCAGCAGGGCUCUCAGCUGAGGAGGACCAUGGACGUACCUCAGAGGAGGAGGAGGGAGGAGUGGAGCAUGGCUACGACAAACAGAUUGAUGGGCGAUCCAGAGCCUUCUACGUCGCCAAAGAGCUGGUGGAUUCUGAGAGACUACAUGUAAAUGCCCUCAAGGUCCUUCAAGAGGACUUCAGGGCAGCAGUGUUGGAGGCGGUGGGGGAGGAUGGGGAACCUGUGGUGGAGGAACAGAGGCUGGGGGAGAUACUGGGCAUGCUCCCUGAGGUCUACAUACUCCACAGCAACAUCCUCACCGAGCUGGACUCACGCGUCAGACAGUGGGAGGAGAGCCAGCAGGUGGUGGAUGUUAUCCUGUCUCGUCAGGAGGAGUUUGCUGUGUUCGCUACCUACAUCUCUAAGUACGACCGCAGCAUGUCCCUACUGGCAGAGAGCUGUAAACUCAAUCCUGCCUUCCAUGACAUCGUCAAGCAGUUUGAGAAGCAGGGCCCAGAUGGACCUCAGUUCCCACUGCGGCAUCAGCUGCUGCAGGUCAUUGUGAGAGUCCUCCAGUACCGCAUGCUGCUCACAGAUUACUUAAACAACCUUUCCCCCGAUUCUAAAGAAUAUGAGGAUACACAAGCUGCCUUAGUAAUCGUGUCAGAGGUGGCAGACCAAGCUAAUGACAAUCUCAAGCAAGGGGAGAACUUGCUGCGGCUGGUCCACAUUGAGUACAGUGUGAGAGGCAAGAGAGAUCUACUCAAGCCAGGAAGGGUGUUUGUGAAGGAAGGCACACUAAGGAAAGUGUCGAGGAAAAGCAGACAGCCCAGACACCUGUUUCUGAUGAAUGACGUGAUGCUGUACACCUACCCUCAGCAGGAUGGUAAAUACAGGCUGAAGAACACUCUCUAUCUGUCUGGGAUGAAGGUGAGUCCUCCCCCUCCUACAGAGAUGACCUUCCCUGACCCUUCACCCCUGACCUCUGGCUCUGUCGUGACUUGUGUGUGUGUGUGCUAUGCUGUGCUGUGUGUCCUGUUCUCCCAGGUCAGUAUACCUGUCAUAGACAACGUGCUCAAUGCCCUGAGGAUCGAGGUGUCUGACGUCACCAUCACCUUGUCAGCCAGCUCCUGUGGAGAAAGGGACGACUGGUUCCACACACUGAGUCGGGCCAUAGCAGACCAUGCUGCAGGCCUGUGUACUUUUGGUGGCCCCUGCAGUGAGGGACGUGAGAAGCUGUGGAUGGCCCUGGGGGAGGCAGCUCCAGUGCUGGUGCCCGUGUCUCAUGUGUUGAUGUGUAUGAACUGUACCUCUGACUUCAGCUUGACCCUGAGACGCCACCACUGCAACGCCUGUGGGAAGGUUGUGUGUCGUGCCUGCUCCAGGAACAGGUAUCCUCUGAAGUACCUCAAAGACAGAAUGGCCAAAGUGUGUGACCACUGCUACGCUGAGCUCAGGAAGAUAGGUGUCAGUAUCUCAGGGGCGUGUGGUAACUCUAGCCCCUGCACCCACCGGGCCAGUCGGCCCCUCUCAGCUGUGUUCCAGAGCCUACAGCCCCCAAGCCUGUGGAGAAGCAGGAAGAGCACCUCCCCUCUCAACCAGGUGGCAUUGAGGGCUGAGGACUCGGCCAUGAGUGGCAGCCUGCAAUGGCGUAAGAAGAGCAAGAGGAAGUGGAAGAGGCUGUGGUUCAUCCUCAAAGACAAGGUGCUCUACACCUUCACAGCACGUGAGGACAAGGUGGCACGUGAGAGUCUGCCCCUGCAGGGUUUCACAGUGAAGCUGACAGAGAGGCCAGAGGGUGAGGAGAGAUUCAACGUGUUUCAGCUCUACCACAAGAAGACUCUAUACUACACCUUUAGAGCAGAUGACCAGCACACUGCCCGCAGGUGGGUCAAUGCCAUGGAGGAGGCCACAGUGUUAUAACAUCUGCCUGUCUGCACAGACUGACCCUGCUGUGCAUCACCUACCUACUUACGCUCUCUGUCCUGGUUUACAGCUGUCCCUCACAAUGCCUAAAUGGAAUAUCUAUGAAAACGUAUUUUCUCUUGAAGGACAUUGAAUAUCAUUCUUAUAAUCCAUCCCUUAAUGCACUGGACCAAUUCUCACUCUGGAAGAAUUACACGUCUCUGUGCAAGAGCAUCUUUGACAUGGCUGCCAUCUACAGGCAGAAAGAAGAUUAUGCAGACUCUGUGUGGGGCAAACAUCCAAGUGUGAGGUUACUGCUUGGGAGUCUCUAAGGUGAAAACCUCUCAGAUGAGUAUGCUGCAUGCCACAACAUGCCUCAAAUUCCGCUCCUGAGUCUAAAAGCUCAUAGACAAUGUGUUUUUACAACUUUUUCCAUUGACAGUCUCCAGUGCCAUGUACAUUCACAGACUUAUCUUUCUGACACUCCUUUUCUACCAUGGAUGUGUAUGUACAUAGAACAACUUGGUAUGAGUUUUGUUUUUGAUAUCAUAGGCUUUUUGAUGCUGUUUAAACAAUACCAAGUUAAUAUGAACAGUUUAUGUAGUAUUGUAUGAGAACAUAUAAGAGUCAAGUCAUAUUUGGAAUAUAUAGUGUAAUAUUCAAUUCCCAUAUUUUGAAGUGAGAUAUAAUAAUUAUUUGUAAAUACUUAACAGAAAUGUUAUUACAUCAUGCCCAAUGUAUUUUCUGUACUCUAUGUAAACAUACUUAUUUUACACCGCAGGUUUACACCUGUAAUAACAAUGACAGAAUGUGAAAUGUUAGACAGUAUUAGUAUUAUUCAACAAAACAUCGUUUUGAAGUAUAUUUCAUAGAUUAAUGUAUAGUUUUUAAACAUUUUUAAAAGGGUGACUACAUUUUUAUGGGCCAAUAGUCUCCACUUGAAUGCAGUGUGUUAUGGCUGAAAGAAUGUGCCUGACGUGACGUUAUUAUCCUUAUUAUCAUUCAUUCAAAUUAUAAUUCAUCCGUUUUGGGGAGUAGUGAACUGCAUGUAGUUUAACUAGUAAUUUAACUAUAUUUUGCAGUAGCUUGGUGGUAGUUGAACUAAUUAAAAUACCUGACAGAAAACAGAUUUAACAUUCAGUUGAUGUUUUUCAUUUCCUGUCCAGUCAUAUGGUCUAUCACAUUAGAUGUUUUCUAUUUCCUGUCCAGUCAUAUGGUCUCACAUUAGAUGUUUUCUAUUUCCUGUCCAGUCAUAUGAUCUACCACAUUAGAUGCUUUCUAUUUCCUGCCCAGUCAUAUGGUCUCACAUUAGAUGUUUUCUAUUUCCUGUCCAAUCAUAUGGUCUACCACAUUAGAUGUUUUCUAUUUCCUGUCCAGUCAUAUGGUCUAUCACAUUAGUUUUUUUCUUCUUGUAGGUGGAUUUACUUUUUGCCUGAGAAAUAUGGAUUGGUAAAAAGUUCCAUUCAGCUAUGUCUCUAUAUAAAACUGUAGAUUUAAGGCGAUUUGUCCUUGGCUUCAGUUGUUUUAGCUGCACUGAAUUUGCCUGUCUGGUUUGGUGGUUAUGCGUGUUGCUAGUAUGCACUAAUUGGACAGAAAAAUACUGUGUUUAAAAAAUAUAUAUAACAUUCCUAAAGAAAAUCAGAAGAUUAGAUGGUAAUUUGUUUCUAACGUGAAGCCAUGAGAGAUUCUGAUGCAUUUUAAUAAACUAAUCUGGCAGCCCUGUUUAGAGCAAUGAAGAGGUAAUCUACCAGCCCUGUUUAGAGCAAUGAAGAGCUAAUCUGGCAGCCCUGUUUAGAGCAAUGAAGAGGUAAUCUACCAGCCCUGUUGAGAGCAAUGAAGAUGUAAUCUACCAGCCCUGUUUAGAGCAAUGAAGAGGUAAUCUACCAGCCCUGUUUAGAGCAAUGAAGAGCUAAUCUGGCAGCCCUGUUUAGAGCAAUGAAGAGGUAAUCUUCCAGCCCUGUUUAGAGCAAUGAAGAGCUAAUCUGGCAGCCCUGUUUAGAGCAAUGAAGAGGUAAUCUACCAGCCCUGUUUAGAGCAAUGAAGAGCUAAUCUACCAGCCCUGUUUAGAGCAAUGAAGAGCUAAUCUACCAGCCCUGUUUAGAGCAAUGAAGAGGUAAUCUACCAGCCCUGUUUAGAGCAAUGAAGAGCUAAUCUACCAGCCCUGUUUAGAGCAAUGAAGAGGUAAUCUACCAGCCCUGUUUAGAGCAAUGAAGAGGUAAUCUACCAGCCCUGUUUAGAGCAAUGAAGAGGUAAUCUACCAGCCCUGUUUAGAGCAAUGAAGAGGUAAUCUACCAGCCCUGUUUAGAGCAAUGAAGAGGUAAUCUACCAGCCCUGUUUAGAGCAAUGAAGAGGUAAUCUACCAGCCCUGUUUUGAGCCAUUUGGAGCUUUUUUAUAUCUUUCUUUGCGGCAGGUGACCAUAUAACUGGACAGUACUCUAAGUGUGAUAGGACCAGGGAUUGACCAUAUAACCAGACAAUACUCUAAGUGUGAUAGGACCAGGGAUUGACCAUAUAACUGGACAGUACUCUAAGUGUGAUAGGACCAGGGAUUGACCAUAUAACUGGACAGUACUCUAAGUGUGAUAGGACCAGGGAUUGACCAUAUAGCUGGACAGUACUCUAAGUGUGAUAGGACCAGGGAUUGACCAUAUAACUGGACAGUACUCUAAGUGUGAUAGGACCAGGGAUUGACCAUAUAACUGGACAGUACUCUAAGUGUGAUAGGACCAGGGAUUGACCAUAUAACUGGACAGUACUCUAAGUGUGAUAGGACCAGGGAUUGACCAUAUAGCUGGACAGUACUCUAAGUGUGAUAGGACCAGGGAUUGACCAUAUAACUGGACAGUACUCUAAGUGUGAUAGGACCAGGGAUUGACCAUAUAACUGGACAGUACUCUAAGUGUGAUAGGACCAGGGAUUGACCAUAUAACUGGACAGUACUCUAAGUGUGAUAAAACCAGGGAUUGACCAUAUAACUGGACAGUACUCUAAGUGUGAUAGGACCAGGGAUUGACCAUAUAACCAGACAGUACUCUAAGUGUGAUAGGACCAGGGAUUGACCAUAUAACUGGACAGUACUCUAAGUGUGAUAGGACCAGGGAUUGACCAUAUAACUGGACAGUACUCUAAGUGUGAUAGGACCAGGGAUUGACCAUAUAGCUGGACAGUACUCUAAGUGUGAUAGGACCAGGGAUUGACCAUAUAACUGGACAGUACUCUAAGUGUGAUAGGACCAGGGAUUGACCAUAUAACUGGACAGUACUCUAAGUGUGAUAGGACCAGGGAUUGACCAUAUAACUGGACAGUACUCUAAGUGUGAUAAAACCAGGGAUUGACCAUAUAGCUGGACAGUACUCUAAGUGUGAUAAGACCAGGGAUUGACCAUAUAACUGGACAGUACUCUAAGUGUGAUAGGACCAGGGAUUGACCAUAUAAUUGGACAGUACUCUUAAGUGUGAUAAGACCAGGGAUUGACCAUAUAACUGGACAGUGCUCUAAAUCUGAUCUGACCAGGGAUUGACCAUAUAACUGGACAGUGCUCUAAGUCUGAUAGGACCAGGGAUUGACCAUAUAACUGGACAGUGCUCUAAGUCUGAUAGGACCAGGGAUUGACCAUAUAACUGGACAGUGCUCUAAAUCUGAUAGGACCAGGGAUUGACCAUAUAACCGGACAGUGCUCUAAGUUUGAUAGGACCAGGCAUUGACCAUAUAACCAGACAGUACCCUAAGUGUGAUAGGACCAGGGAUUGACCAUAUAACUGGACAGUGCUCUAAGUCUGAUAGGACCAGGGAUUGACCAUAUAACCGGACAGUGCUCUAAGUUUGAUAGGACCAGGCAUUGACCAUAUAACCAGACAGUACCCUAAGUGUGAUAGGACCAGGGAUUGAAUCACCUGAUUCAGAGUGCUAGCUGUUACAUACUCUGAAUAUUUUAUUCUUACAGCAAUUCCCUUACCCAUCUUAAUAACAAUAUAAUCUAUGUGUUCUGACCAUGAUAAAGCUGCGUCCAACAUGACGCUUAGUGGUUGUUGUUUUUUCACUACAUGUAUUCUAUUCAUCGACAAAGUCAAUUGAGGGUCAUCAGCAAGCAUAUAUCUUGAACCAAACACAAUACAUUUAGUUUUAGAAAUGUUAAACACUCAUUUGUUAAUGUCAACCCACUCAGACACCAUUCUUAAUUCACUGCUCAGUACAUCUGUUAGCUCAUUACAUUCUGAUGCUGCACUAUACAUUGUAAAGUCAUCAGCAUACAUGACCACUCUUGAUUUGUUCAUUACUGAAGGUAAAUCAUUAGUAAAGAUAGUGUAGAGUAGUGGGCCUAGGCAGCUUCCUUGAGGAACACCACAAUGUAUAUCUUUAAUAUUUGAAAAGCUACCAUUAAAUAACACUUUUUGAUUU